AUGCAUCUGUCGGCGGCCGUAUUCUACUCUCUGGUUGCAUUGGCAUCUGCAGCUCCUCUUCCCGGGAGGCAUGUGAGUGUACGGAAAGAUAUAGUCGAAGACACGAAAAGAACACUCGGAUCGGUUGUCUCCUCUGCUGUCGCUGUGAUAACUGUCAAUGACAAUGAUGGCAUUGCCAAUGGUGUAGAUCAAUACACUCAAUAUGCAGGUGAUGGCUCAGUGGCCGCAGGAUGGCCCUCGUCGUCUCAAUGGGUAUCAUUUCAGGAUAUGUGGGAAACCAGCAAACCCUCCAUCGCAACCUCCUGCGCCCAAUUCAACCAACCAAACCCCACAGACGAAGAAAUUACAAACCUCCACGAAGCCAUCCAACAAGUCGCCCGCCAAACCUUCGUCGACCACCGCUUCAUUCUGGCCAUUAUAAUGCAAGAAUCAAAGGGCUGUCUUCGAGCUCCCACUACGAAUUGGGGUGUUAACAAUCCGGGCUUGAUGCAAGAUCAUGGUGGUACUGGGACUUGUUAUGGAGUCAAUCCUUGUCCAAGGGAAAGCAUUGUGCAGAUGCUUCUGGAUGGGACGUCGGGUACGGAGACGGGUGAUGGUUUGGCGUCGUUAUUGGAUAGAUAUGUAACUGCUGGAGAGGAUGGGGGCAUGUCUCAGGUUUUUUAUAAGGCUGCUCGUGCGUAUAAUUCCGGGUCAGUUGCGGCGUCUGGGAAUUUGCAGGAUGGCGGUGCGACGCCGUGUUAUGCAUCGGAUGUCGCCAAUCGUCUUACGGGUUGGGUCAGUGCUGGGCAUGCUUGCUCCCUUUGA